AUGACAUCCCCGUCCUCAUCCUCACUGCCCUUUGGUCUCUCUACAUUAUUCAAACCACUCUCACCCUCUCUCGCUCGAACGAGAUUGAAGUCCAACCUAUUCAUCCUAUUCUUAUUCCAAUUGGUCAAAGGGUAUUUCUCAGCUUAUAUCACUAUUCGGUCAAUCAUCAUCAAGCUAUCGGAUGGGUACCUGCAAGGGAGGAAAGGGAGGGAAGAGAGCUGGGGUGAAAAUGCGAUUUAUGUGAUUGAAUUCCUCAUUUCAAGUAUAUUGAUUUGGAAUAUAAUCGAAUCCACAAUAUCAAUACAAUACCCACAGGAGUAUAUCCCUCCUAUAAGGCAAAAUUUGAUACUGACGCCCUCGAAAGUAUCUUCUCCAUUGACACGUUCAUACUCCCCCGCCUCAUCCUCAACUCCCUCCUCAUCCUCCCAAUCCCAAUCUCAAUCCCAACGAUUACUCUACCCAUCCACACCAACCCGUAAUCAACUAAUCUCAUCAACUUCCUCCAACCUAAACCAAUCCCAAACCCAAUCAAAACCACACCCAUUGUCCAACUCGACUUCCAAGACUACCGCUCAGAUAUUCAACUUACCAUAUGAUAAUUCCUCACCUUCCAAAUCAGGUUUAUUCUUCGAGAAGAAAGAUUCACCCCCUGACACUAACACCCAAGGGGGAGGGGUCGGGGGCGAUUUCGUAUUGGUAGAUAGGGAAGAGAAAGAUUGGGUGGAUAAUGUAUUGAAAGGUGUAAGAGGUAAAGGAGGUAAAGUUGGUUUGUAA